GGUAAAUCCCAACGAAUCGAGUCUGGCCAUUUUUUCUUCCUCGAAAACAUAUAAAAUGUUGAAUGGUUGUUCAGUUGAUUCAGUUCGAGAAUUUGAUUCUAUCGUUAACAGACUUGUGUUCUAACAGUGCUAUCAGUAUGAUGUUGAAGGGUGUAUUUUUCCUUUUUGGAGUAUUAGCAUUGGCUGCUGGCGAUACGUAUCUCGUUGAAGAUCAGUUUGGAUCAGAGUAUCUCAUGGUUCCAUUGCCUCUUCAGCGACAACGAAGACAAACCACUGUGGAUGUUAACAAAAACCCACAAGGUACGCAGGUGACUUUGGGACAUAAAGGAGUUAUUUUCGAAAAUGACAAACAUCUAGUUAGUGGAGAAGGUUUCGUUUCCAAACAAUUCAAGCCAACUGGUCCAACAGCAUUAGGAGGAGGUGUUAGCUAUGAAUAUAAACCAUCAGAUUCUGGAAUAAACCUAAGCGCUUCUAACACUCGUGGAGCUGGAACAGACUUUUCUGCCUUAGGAAAUGCCAAUUUGUGGAAAUCUCGAGAUGGAAAUACAAGAGUAGAUGCCUAUGCCAACUACGAUAGACAUUAUGGUGGCCCAUGGGGUACAGGCCAUCCUAAUUAUGGAGGAGGGAUACAAGUAUCACAUGAUUUUUAAAUUAGCUAUUAAUUAAGAAAUAGCGUAAAAUUUGAAAGUAUGUUGUUAUUGAUCUCUCUGUGAAAACUGCCAUUAUUCAAUUUGAACCAACCUAGACCAUAAGAGAAUUAAUAAAUUACAUUAAUCAACGUC